CGUGGGCUGGAACGAUGGUUCAGUCUGGUCCUGGAGCUCGGACCGGAUCGGGCUUGUGGACGAUGUUGCCCGGUCGGAGGAACGUGUAUGUGUUGCUGGACGUUUUGUGCGUCUCGGUCGCGUCUCUGCCUUUUAUCAUUAUGACUUUGAUCAACUCUCCGUAUAAGCGUGGAUUCUACUGCAGUGACGAUUCCAUCAGAUACCCCUACCGGGAUGACACCAUCACUCACGGGCUGAUGGCUGGAGUCACCAUUUCCUGCACCAUUAUUAUUAUCACCUCAGGAGAAAUGUACAUGGUAUUCUCAAAAAGGCUCUACUCUCGUUCUGAAUGUAAUAAUUAUGUUGCUGCACUGUACAAGGUGGUGGGUACCUACCUGUUUGGGGCUGCUGUUAGCCAGUCCCUCACUGAUCUGGCCAAGUACAUGAUAGGACGACCAAGACCAAAUUUCCUGGCAGUUUGUGACCCUGAUUGGACAGCUGUUAAUUGCUCAGGUUACGUCACCCAAUUCACUUGUCGCGGGAGCCAUGCAAAUGUAACAGAGUCAAGGCUUUCCUUCUACUCUGGACAUUCAUCAUUUGGGAUGUAUUGCAUGCUCUUCCUGUCUCUUUAUAUUCAGGCUCGUCUGUGCGGUAAAUGGGCUCGCCUCUUGCGUCCCACCAUACAGUUCUUCCUCAUAUCCUUUGCACUGUAUGUCGGAUACACCCGUGUGUCAGAUUACAAGCACCACUGGAGUGAUGUUCUGGUUGGACUCAUUCAAGGGGCAAUCGUGGCCAGCCUCACCGUGCGUUAUGUUUCAGACUUCUUCAAAGUCAGACCACCUCUUCAGUGUAGUGGGGACCCGCUUGAGAGUAAACCAAGCCUCCAGCUCUGCGAAUCUGAUCAGAAUCACUUUGGAUACCUGGCAGGAUCCUGAGACAUAACUCCUGACCUCUCUCUCUCUGUCCCUUUUGCAUUGUAUAAAAGACAUAUAUUAUGGGACUCCAUUCUUCAGAGGUUACCUUGCAGGCUGCUUUCAGGAGCUCUAAGGACUAAAUGGUCAGGUUUCUACAGACUGAAAUUUGAUCAACCUAUUUUUUUUUCUUUCAAGCACAAAAACCAAAGUAAUUUUUUUUAACUUAAGUUUAUGUGGCAGAGUGAGGCUGUAUUUUGCACAUGGCGUAUGUAUGUGAAUGUCUGUUAUGAUAAGCUGUCUUCUCUUAUAUGCAGGGUAUUUGUAAUUGGGUGUUUUUCUGUUUGCUGGUUUUGUAUCAUUGGGUAAGAUUGUGUUUGUAUGUCCCUGGGUAUGCAUUUAAGUCUGUGCCAGUCUGACCUGGCAUGCAUGGGUGUCUGACACUGAGCGCCAGUGUUUAUGCCUCCCACCACAUUGUGUGGCCCUCUGUGUGUGACUUGGAUUGUUUAUUUUCGGCUAUUCUAUUGUUGUGUUUUCUGUUUUUGUGUUUCUAUGAUGGAUCAUUUGUACCUGUGUCUCAAUAUCAGUCUGUGUGCCAGUGAUUGUGUGUGUUCCUGCCAACUAUUAUGCCUAUUCCAAACUGGCAUUGUGGAAGUGUUUCAAAGUGUCAGUUUGGUUUAAUAACGGCCUCAAUGGUUUCUGGAACUUAUCAGUACCCUAAUGACCAGCAGAAGACAGCAUUUAACAUUGGAUGGAUAAGGACAUCCCCUGUACCUUUUUCGUUCCAUCUCAAAGCUUAUUUUUAACCUGUCCACUAGCUAACUUUCCUGCACCCUACAGAUGUUGGAAGGAGAUGGGAUCUGUUAUGUAUACUUCAAAUGAUGCUGUAUAUACUUCGGCUAAGUGUGUUUUGCCCUGUCUCCAGACAUCCAAAGGGUUAAGUGGAGAUCCUAAUGAGUUUCAGCAAGUGCAUUAAUGGGAGUUUAUGGAAUUACCACCUCCCAAAUACUUUGUAUAUAAUAUGAGUUUAUUGGGUUUUACUGUGUAUGUAUCGUGACGAGCCUGUGUGCUGUUAACCCUUUACCCCCCCCCCUCUUGCACAGAAUAAAGGGGAUUAGCAAUAUAGCACCGUGCAGAUUAUGAUAUGGGUUUCCUAUCACAAAUUUAAAAGAAUAAUCUUUCACUAAAUCUGAAUUUUAAAAGUGUGGCACUGGGGAAAAUAAAAAAUCAUGUAAAACUAUAACCCACUACCAGUGACACCAAGAGUUUAGCACACAGGCUCAAGAUAUCUAAACCAAAUCAUCUUUUUAUGUAAAAAAAGAAAAAAAAAAAGAAAUAUUUUUUAUUUGUAUAAAAUAGAAUAAACUAAGAGCUGGUGUUGGUGGGAGGUGAAACGACCCCCACUAACCUUCUCUCUCUCUCUCA